AUGAACACCUUCCCUGUCCUAGUUGCCUGUAGUGUCAAGAUAGCCGGCACUAUUGAAACGCUAAAAAAUCCGCGCAUUCCCCGGACUUCCUCUCCUAACCAUUUGGCCUGGGUUUUUUUUCUCGAUGUGUGCAUGAUGUGCAAGGAAUUGCGGCGCAUGUUCGCAUUGAUGUCAUGGAGCGACACCCCUACCUUAGUCGAAACUCGGGUGGGAUGGGGCGGGCGGACGAGGCUGACAAGGGGGUUGGUGAUUGGUUCCAGCAAGCCUUCCGCCUGGCUGGGCAUUGUUUGGUCGCAAGGCGAAAAGGGAAGAAGAGAGGCAAGAAGAACUAGCGAAACGCGGCCCGCUGAGCAAGCUUUGCUCAGCUCAUGCGUGGCGCUGGUUGGCGAGCUUGUUGCUUCAGCUGGCGGCUCGCCGACUACACGUGCGGUGGCUUGCUUGUUGAAAUGUGACUGA